AUGGCGAACUCUAUGUCCCUCCGAGACCGUCAGAUCUUAUCCAUUCAGAAGAUCCUCAACCUGAACCAUGAUCCCCAGCCGGCCGAGGAAUCGCACCAAGACCCAUCCACUCAUGGCCUGAUCUCCCAUUCCACCCCGAUUCUAAACGAGGAUGGCGACCCGAUUUGGAAGGUGCUGGUAUUUGAUAACAUGGGGAGAGAUGUGAUUAGCAGCGUUCUGCGUGUCAAUGAUCUCCGUGCGUGGGGAGUUACCAUUCAUCUGAAUAUUAAUUCAACUCGCUAUCCGAUCCCCGAUGUGCCUGCCGUAUAUCUGGUGGAGCCAACUCCUGCGAAUCUCAAAUUGAUCACCAAUGAUCUAUCACACGGCCUCUAUUCGCCUGCCCAUGUCAACUUCCUGUCCUCGGUACCCCGCCCGCUCCUCGAAGAUUUCGCUUCUCAGAUAGCCUCGACAAACACGGCAGAACAUAUCGCGCAGGUCUUUGAUCAGUAUCUGAACUUCAUCGUGGCUGAGCCGGAUCUCUUCAGCUUAGGGCUUGGUAACGAUGCGUAUUGGAAGAUUAAUAGCGCGCAUACCAGUGAUGAAGACCUGGACGCUAUUGUGGAUAAGGUUGUGAGUGGUCUGUUCAGCGUGAGCGUCACUAUGGGCACGAUUCCUAUCAUCAGAUGCCCGAAAGGCGGCGCAGCAGAAUUGAUAGCGACAAAACUGGACAGAAAGCUACGCGACCAUAUCCUGAACUCGAAAGAUAACCUGUUCUCCAGCAACAAGAAGUCUACUCCCGGAGUUCCUGUAUCUCGCCCUGUUUUGAUUAUUGUUGAUCGCAACGUGGAUCUCGUUCCGAUGCUUUCGCAUUCAUGGACCUAUCAAUCACUCGUCCAAGAUGUUCUUCAGAUGCGCCUUAAUCGCAUUACAGUUGAGACGGCGGUGGAUGGGUCAAAUCCUGAAAGGGGCUCUACUAAAAGGUCAUAUGACCUGACUUCGAGUGACUUUUUUUGGAAGCGUAACGCUGGGGCUCCGUUCCCGCAAGUGGCAGAAGAUAUCGAUGCUGAGUUAACCCGUUACAAAGAAGAUGCAAACGAGAUCACCAAGAAGACUGGUGCCUCGUCGAUCGAAGACCUCCAAAAUGAUACAAGUGCCUCCGCACAGCACCUCAAAGCGGCCAUCACUCUACUUCCAGAGCUCCGGGAUCGCAAAGCAACUUUGGAUAUGCACAUGAAUAUCGCAACCGCUUUGUUAAAGGGCAUAAAAGAUCGACAACUCGACAACUUCUUUGAACUGGAGGAAAAUAUUACGAAGCAAACCAAGGCGCAAAUUUUGGAGCUUAUUAACGACUCAGCCAAGGGAAGUGAUGUAACGGACAAGCUACGUCUCUUCAUAAUCUGGUUCCUUAGCACUGAAGCCGAACUGUCUCGUGCAGAAAUGACACAAUUCGAAGAAGCGCUCACGCAGGCAGGGGUCCAGGAUGUUAGCUCUCUUGCAUAUGUUCGACGAGUCCGAGAAAUCACUCGCAUGACAAUGAUGACGACAGCAGCCGCAGCACCGCAGCAGCAAUCGUCGGAUUUAUUCCGCGGCUUCUCGUCGCUGUCCAACCGGCUCACUGACCGCAUCACCUCGGGAGCCCUGGGCGCCAAUUUUGACUCUCUCAUUGCUGGUGUCAAAAACUUCCUGCCCGCCAACAAGGAUCUCACCGUGACCAAGAUCACCGAGUCUAUCAUGGACCCUGCAUCCGCAUCUAGCUCCGCGAUUGCCAAGACCGAGAACUACCUCUAUUUUGAUCCCCGAAGUGCUAAUGCCCGCGGCGCGAUGCCCCCGGCGGCUGCAGCCCGCAAUCCACAGAUGCCCGGCGCUCUCGGGUCUUCCGGUCCAGGAACUGGAGCCAGUUUUGGCCAGCGUCGACAGGCAUUCAAUGAAGCUAUCGUCUUCACGGUUGGUGGUGGCAGCAUGGAUGAGUACGGAAAUUUGCAGGACUGGGUCCUGCGCACGAACGGCCAGGGCGGUGCGGAUGGUCGGCCUCUCAGUGGCAUUAACAGACGCAGAGUGGUCUAUGGCAGCACGGAGCUCAUGAACGCCAACGAGUUUCUUCAGGAUGCACUGGCCAAGCUAGGAAAGGAAAACUAA